AGGAUGUUGCAGGCAGCAGAACGUUCUCCACGGCGUCUCCAGACUGUCAAGUCUGUCACGUGCUCAGUGUGAACCUGCUUUCAUCUGUGAAGAGCACAGGGCGCCAGUGGCGAAUUUGCCAAUCUUGGUGUUCUCUGGCAAAUGCCAAACGUCCUGCACGGUGUUGGGCUGUAAGCACAACCCCCACCUGUGGACAUCGGGCCCUCAUACCACCCUCAUGGAGUCUGUUUCUGACCGUUUGAGCAGACACAUGCACAUUUGUGGCCUGCUGGAGGUCAUUUUGCAGGGCUCUGGCAGUGCUCCUCCUGCUCCUCCUUGCACAAAGGCGGAGGUAGUGGUCCUGCUGCUGGGUUGUUGCCCUCCUACGGCCUCCUCCACGUCUCCUGAUGUACUGGCCUGUCUCCUGGUAGCGCCUCCAUGCUCUGGACACUACGCUGACAGACACAGCAAACCUUCUUGCCACAGCUCGCAUUGAUGUGCCAUCCUGGAUGAGCUGCACUACCUGAGCCACUUGUGUGGGUUGUAGACUCCGUCUCAUGCUACCACUAGAGUAAGAGCACCGCCAGCAUUCACAAUUGACCAAAACAUCAGCCAGGAAGCAUAGGAAAUGAGAAGUGGUCUGUGGUCACCACCUGCAGAACCACUCCUUUAUUGGGGGUGUCUUGCUAAUUAUCUAUAAUUUCCACCUGUUGUCUAUUCCAUUUGCACAACAGCAUGUGAAAUUUAUUGUCAAUCAGUGUUGCUUCCUAAGUGGACAGUUUGAUUUCACAGAAGCGUGAUUGACUUGGAGUUACAUUGUGUUGUUUAAGUGUUCCCUUUAUUUUUUUGAGCAGUGUAUAUAUAUAAUUUUAUUUGCAUUAGCCUAUAGCUAAAGUCAUAUUAGGCUAGUAUUGCUUGCAAUCUGUCUCGUGUGUCUAAUCAAAAUUGGAUUAAAAAUGGUUUUGUGUUCUUUCCAUUGUCCUACGUUUUCAUCUCUCUUAGAUGGAGCGAUGUAAAUUAGCCCCUCCACUAGAGACAACCUUCACUGUCAGUUUCUAUUGUUAGUUUUCAUUUCAUUCUUAGAUGAUGAGAAGAGGUGAAAAGAGCUAGGCUAUAAUUAGCAAAGCAAUUAUUGUGUCAUUUUAGCACUUCUGAAUUAGCACGCCUGUCUGAAUCUGAACUGUCUGCAAUGGACUUUCUGUGAAGAUGAGAUUGCACACACCAUGUAGACCAGCAUAAAGAAAAUAUCUCAAGAGAUGUAAUUUAUAUUAGAUCAGAAAAACAAUAUGUAGUGUUCCAUCAGCAUGUGAUUUGAAGGAAGUUGCCAACUAGCGUUAGCGCAAUGACGAAGUCCAUGGGUAUUAGCAAGCAUGCUAGCAGACACCUUAGACUUCCAGUCAUUGUUCUAACAGUAGUUAGCUAGCGUUGGCUUGCAAAACUACCUCUAACUUCCUUCAUACUGGACAUAGAGGCAUAAAAAUGGUAUCCACGAGUUCAUCUGAGGAAAUAGAUAAAGUAUUCAUACCAUUUAGCAGAGGAAGCUGACUGACUGAACAUAGUAGUCAUGUGGCGGCUGUCAUUGUGCACAGUAACACAGGUUUAGGUUGAAGUUGACCCUACAACCACUGGUAGAGGCUCAGAUAAUUAUCAACCCUUUAAAUGGUUACUGUUAGGAUUGGGGUGUAGGGUAGACUGGUCCCAGAUCUAUGUGUUUUAGCCAGCUCCUCUGACUCUUAUCAUGCCAUACAUGUACCAGGCUAGGGUAAUCUUAUUAUAGAUCUGUGGUUAGGGGCAGCUUCUACCAUGUGCUCAUUUUCAGAGUUGGAGAGCUGGCUUCAAGCUAGCCCAAGCAAGCACUACAUGCAUCAUCGUUUUAUCCAAAGACACUUCAAAUAAAAAGGAUCAGCUAUCCUCACACAGUAUUUAAUUGACCCAAUUUGCUGAUUGCCAGGAAAUUGAGUCAUGACUGAUCAGCUCUCUUGUUGCUCAUUGGCUGUCUCAUUUGUAUUGCAGGAAGUUCCCUCCCUCUGAGGCAGGGGGCAUCUGCAUAUAAAAUGGCCUGCAGGUCACUGCUCCAUAGCCAUCUCAUCCAGCCCUUCUCCAUCCUCUUUGGCCACGGGAGGCCCCAGCUCGGACCCCUCUACCUCAGCCAUGGACCAGUCCCAGCCUCCUCUUCUCCACCACCAUCCCAGUGGGGGUGCCAGAGAGGGGUCAGGAGCCCCAGAAGGAUCAGAGAGGGAAGGGGUGGAGGGAGCUCUGCCUGCCUCUGAAGGUGGAGGUGGCAAUGGGACCAGCUCUGGAACAGGAGGAGGAGACCCAGGAGAGGCAGGGGGGGUGGGAUCCCAGCAGCAGCCCCAGAACACCCCCUCUAAGCGGAGGCCAGUGUUGAGCAUCUCCCCCCCUCCGGAGGACCUGUUUGAUGACAGCAGUAUGUCCUGCCAGGAGGAUCCAGCCCCGGCCGGGCCAGCAGGUCCAGACUCAGAACAUAGCAGCAGCAUCUGGGCUGACGACUCGGCCUCCAACUUCAGCCUGAUCAGCUCCAGCUCCUACAACGACAACACAGAGGUGCCCCGCAAGUCCCGUAAACGCACCCCCCGCCAGCGGCCCGGGGCCAAGCCUGCACCCCCAGAGGACAGCAUGGACGUGUUUGAUGCAGACAGCGCCACGGCCCCACACUUUGUACUGUCUCAGCUGGGCCCAGACAAGGCCAGCCCCAAGCCCAGUUCUCUGGAGGCUGGGUGUCUGCUGAAGGGAGGCCUGCUGUCAGGUCAGUGUCCCCAGAAGAGUGAGGGCAAGGAGCUGAAGAUCCUGGUGCAGCCAGAGACCCAGCACCGGGCACGCUACCUGACCGAGGGCAGCCGCGGCUCUGUCAAAGACCGCACCCAACAGGGCUUCCCCACGGUCAAGUUAGAGGGUGUCAGUGAGCCGGUGGUGCUGCAGGUGUUUGUGGCCAGUGACACAGGCAGAGUGAAGCCUCAUGGGUUCUACCAGGCCUGCAGGGUGACAGGACGCAACACCACGGCCUGCAAGGAGGUGGACAUCGAGGGGACCACCGUCAUAGAGGUCCCUCUGGAGCCCAGCAGCGCCAUGUCACUUGCGGUUGAUUGUGUGGGGAUCCUGAAGCUGCGUAACGCAGACGUGGAGGCUCGUAUAGGAGUGGCCGGGUCCAAGAAGAAGAGCACCCGGGCCAGGCUGGCAUUCAGGGUCAACAUCCCCCAGCCUGAUGGGUCUGUCCUAGCCCUACAGACCACCUCGUCACCCAUCCUCUGCACCCAGCCAGCAGGGGUGCCAGAGAUCCUGAAGAAGAGUCUCCACAGCUGUUCAGUGAGAGGAGGAGAGGAGCUCUUCAUCAUAGGGAAGAACUUCCUCAAAGGAACCAAGGUCAUCUUCCAGGAGAACCCAGCAGAUGAUGACUCGUGGCAGGCCGAGGCAGAGAUUGACAUGGAGCUGUUCCAUCAGAACCAUGUGGUGGUGAAGGUUCCGCCGUACCACAGUCUGUCUGUCUCCUCUCCUGUCUCUGUGGGCGUCUACAUCACGACCAAUGCCGGGAGGUCACAUGACAACCAGCCCUUCAUGUAUACCCCAGACUCAGCAGAUAAGUCCCUGAACAUGUCUGUGAAGAUAGAGGGUUCUUCUCUGGUCAAGGCCUGCACCUUCAAUGACCAGAUCAAUUAUCUGGCCUCUGACCCUGCCCAGUCUGCUGGCGAACUGGUUAAACGACACGAGGUCACCCCUAUGGAGGUCUCCAGCAAUACCUCAUCCACAGCACUCUUCAAGCCACCUUCUGACGCCCUUAUCUUAGUCCAGCAGACCCUUGAGCUGAGCUCCAGCACCCCGCCUAGGAAUGAGUCGUUCCCCGGCCCCAUGCCCCUCCAGCCUGGGGACGUGGACCUCCCCCAUGCCUCUGUCUUUCCCUCCCUGGAGCCCUUCAGCACCAUCCAGAAGCAGGACAUCGCCCCCAUCACCCCCUUCCCCGUCUCCAGCGACACUACCACUCUCCCCCCUGUCCCCCCAGAGGUACCCCAGCAGUUCCUCCGGGACCCCCAGGAGAGUGUGCCUCAAGAGGCCUCCAACUCCUGCGGAAGAGUGAUGGUAGUAGGAAUGUCCCAGAUGGCGCCCCCCUCCCAGGCCCCCCAAGUUCCCCAGUUUCCCCAGGACGGGGUGGCCCAGCUGGAGAGGGCAGUAAGGGAGCUCCAGGCGGGGGGCAGCAGCCUGGUACAGCAGGUCCUAGAGGCAGCAGUGGCUCAGCAGCAACUCAACUCAGUGUUGUACAGCCCCACGUCCUCCACUGACUCCCUGCAGCAAAACGUACAGGACACCAUGAACAGCCUGAGACUAGGGUGCACUGAGGGCUCUCUGGCCACACAACAGCAGCAGCUACAACAGCAGUUGCAACAACAGCAGAUCCUUGGCAACAUGCAACAGAUACAGCAGCAACAACAGAUACAGCAGCAACAACAGAUACAGCAGCAACAACAGAUACAGCAGCAACAACAGAUACAGCAGCAACAACAGAUACAGCAGCAACAACAGAUACAGCAGCAACAACAGAUACAGCAGCAACAACAGAUACAGCAGCAACAACAGAUACAGCAGCAACAACAGAUACAGCAGCAACAACAGAUACAGCAGCAUCAAGACCUUGGCAACAUACAGCUACAACCACAAUUAUUAAUACAGCCACAGGAUCAACAACUGCAACAGCAACAACAGAUACUGGGGAACCUACAACAAUUACAACAUCAACAGUUUCAACAACAACAGCAGCAGCAGGUCCUAGGAAACAUACAGCUACAGGAUCAACAACUUCAGCAACAACAACAAGUACUGGGCAACCUACAACAACAAAACCAAGCAGUAGGCAACAUGCAACACUUACAGCAACAACAACAGCAGCAGCAGGUGUUGGAGAACUUUCAGCAGCAGCUCCAGGCUGAGCUCCUCCAGCCCCAGAUCCACUCCUCGUCUCAUCCCCAGCAGCAGCCUGUGUCUCUCCUCCAGCAGGCUGGGGAGCUGCUCACCAUCCAGACCUCCAGCUUCCCCCACCAGCCGCCCUCCCACACCUCCCCCCCCCAGCAGCUCCUCCAGUCCCCCAGGCCUCUGUCGGAAUCCCCCAGCCCGCAGCUCCAGGUCCAGGCCGCCCUGCUCCAGAACACUCUGACUGUGCUGACCAGUGGUAGCCUAGAUCAUGAGCAGCAGGUCACGGGGUCCACGCUGUUCCUCUCUCCCAACACACUCUCUAGCCAGGGUAGUCGGCAGCAGCUGGCAUUCCUGUCCUCCAUGGAGACUUCAGCCAGUGAGCACCAGACUGUGUCAGUGUUCCAGCCUCAAACCCAGCAGCAGCAGAGCACGCCCAUGGACCAACAGCAGUCCCCCCAGCAGACACAACCACAGCAAACCCAGCAGCAGCGUCCCAUGGCUCAGCAAGGCUCCUUGUUCCAAACUAACACUCUGUCCUCCAGCCAGCACCCUCAGCCCCAGCCCACAGACCUGCUCCUCUGCACCGCCUCCCUCAACCCCCAGGCUCUGCCUCCAACCCUCCUCUUCAGUACCCAGGACCCCUCCAUGGGCAGCAGCACCCCUCACCCCCAGAACACCCCUGCUCCCCUCCUGUUCUCCCAGCCCACCAUGGUUGGGAUCAGGGUAGGGGUGGCCCAGUCUGACCCAGCAGAGCCCAUGUCCUUCCAGGACCAGAGCUCCACAGUAGGGGGGACCACUGCCUCCAUCAAUCCCCCUCAGCAGGGCAUGUUCCAGGGCCAGCAGCCUAUGCAGGUGAGCUCCAGCUCAGGCAGUGGCCCUGACAGCCAGCAGGUGGAGCUGUACCUGCCACAGGGUUCUCUGUCUGGUCUGCAGAGCAACAUGGCUACGCAGGAACUAGAACACCAGGCUGCAGCAGCUGCGACCAUCUUUGUGAUGCAGAGCGGACUGGGGGUGGUGGAGCUGCAGAGUACCGCCUCCUCCCCCGGUCAGAGACCCCCAGAGCAGCUGUUCCAGACGGGAGUGAGUAGGAAUGUCGGCCAGCCAGGAGGACAACCCAACCUGUUUGUGUUCGGCCUCCAGAACGAUUCCUCCCAGCUGAUGACGUCCGCUGGUCCAACACUGUCAGCCCAGAGCCAACCCCAGAACGCCAACCCUGUGCAGGCAAACCACAUCCAGUCUUUACUGGACUCAGACAUGGCCCAGACAGCCACACCCAUGCAGACCAACCUACAGACCCCAAUGCAGACAAACACACAUACUGCAAUGCAGACCAAUAUACAGACUGCCAUAGAAACUAGCCUGCCGACCCUUAUGCAGACCAGCUUACAGAACGCCAUACAGACCAACAUGCAGACGUCCAUGAGCACCUCCCAGAAGAUGGAGGACCUGCUGGAGAGUCUACAGAAGCAGUGAUCAUUACUGGGACCACAGACACAUUGCUGGGGGUUCUAGUGACGUCUGCCCACUCUUAGACUGGGACAGGUUGUGUCUUCUGCUUACAGUACAACCCCCCACAGAUGCAGAGAAUGGGAUAGAGGUGUCUGACUAUGCUAUGAGCCCCCUAAGCUAAGAACAUGUCAUGAUGUUUUUAAAGAUUUUUAUCAAAUGUACUCUUGUGCCCUUGGCUCAUAUUUUGAUGUGAUUGUAAAUGCAUUCAUACAGACGGACAGGCGCUGUGAUGAUGAGUUGGUUGAGUGACUGCGCCUUUUGCUCAAUCAGAGGAAAGUAACUCCUGUAUCCAUCAGUCUAACUUAUACAGUGGUUCUUCUUUUUCAUGCUGUACUGCGUUAUUG